AUGAUGAUGAUAAUGCACCGUGUGAUGUGUGUGUUGGCCGUUGUGCUGUGCUGCGCCUGCGGGUAUACCACGACGGCUGCUGCUGCUGUUGAUAAUGACAGUCCCAGUGGCCGUGGUGUAUCCCGUGGGGCUGUGGAGGUGUCGUGCGGGGCCGGCGGUGCGCUGCGUGUACGCCCCGCUGCUGAGAGCGAGUGGCUUACAUGCGGUGCGGGCAGCCGUGUGUCUGCAUGUGGGAAGUACGCAGACCUCUGCCGCCAGCGUACCGCAAGAGCAGCAAGAACAACAACAAGGACUACUACUAAUGCUGGACAACCAAAGGCGGUGAUGGCGUUUUUUGGCAUUACUUGGAAUUAUCCUCGUUACUAUAAUGAGUCGGAAGAGGACGUGAAAAAAAAGAAAAAGGUGAUGGCGAGUUCUAAUUCUGUGGGAUUCGAAGAUUUCCUUGUAAAAGCCAGCCAUGAUCAUUAUUGUGAUAAGUACCCCUAUUCUACUAUUGAUGGUGUACCGUGUUGGAAGAGGAAAUUACUUGAGACGAGUAAGGUAGGAACGAAGUCAUUCCAGGGUCCAGCAGCAGGGGAUCACUCCAGUGGAGGAAGUAAUGCUAUCUCUUCACCGCAAGUUACGCAGCCAAAUGAUAGUCUCCAACACGGUGAUCCAGCAGCUGAAGUAGAAACAGGAGAGUCAGUGGUUACAUCACAAGUUGGUCGUGAUAGUGAUUUGCAACCCAGUGGCCCUGAGGGUUCUGAAGCACAACAUCAGUCGGUUAAAGGAGAAACAGCAACAAGUCCGUCUACAGCAGAAAGUCAAUCUCAGGGGUCUACUCCACCUACAAAAGGUGAUGCAGCACCACAAGGUGAUCAAGGAACACCGAGCAACAGAUCUGAUAACAGUACACCUGCCGAUUCUAAUGCUACCCAGCAAUCUUCUCCAGCAGCGGAGAGUACUGCACCCAGUGAUGGUAAUCCUAACCAGCCAUCUCAUGCAACUGUUCUUGAUGUAACUGCCGUACCAGACUCACAAGAAAACAAUUCCACUACUCUGCUGAGCACCGAGAACACUACCACAGAAGCACCAACCACCACUCCAUCUCCUGCACCUGUUCCCGUAACCGAUACACAGACUAACACCAUCGCUUCCACCAUGCAGAAAAAGGCUAAUGCUGACAGCAGUAUCAAUCUUGUGUGGAUGCGCACUGCAGCACCGCUGAUGAUUGUGGUUGUGUUGUUCUCCGUUACCGUGUACUGA